AUGGUAACCCUGAACACCAAAUCCGUUACCGCACCGGUCGGAAUUGUCCGGAUUUUCGAAUUUGUGCUGACCUGCAUCACUUUCAGUCUGGCGGCUUCUCAGGGCCCCUCAACUUUUUCAUAUUGGGUUUGGUGCAUGUUCACCUGGUGCUUCUGCUGUUUUAUGACCCUCCUCAUCAUUAUUCUGGAGUUCACCAGCCUUAAUACCAAGGUGCCCAUCUCCUGGGAUGACUUCACUGCGGUGUUUGCGAUGCUGGCCUCCCUGAUGGUGCUGGCAGCCUCGGCCAUCUACCCCAGGUUUUUCGCGUGCUCGACGUGCGCUCAUGAGAUUGCGGCAUCUGUGAUGUCCUGUUUGUCUUUCAUCCUGUACACAGUGGAAAUAAGUUUAACCAGAGCGAAACCCGGGGAGAUCAGCGGGUUCCUGUCCACUGUGCCCGGCUUACUGAAGGUUCUGGAGGCCUUUGUUGCCUGUAUCAUCUUCAUCUCGCUGGACUCAAACUUUUACAGUUAUUUUCCUGGGUUGCAGUGGUGUGUGGCCGUCUACUCCAUCUGCUUCAUCGUCUCUCUUCUCAUCAUCCUCCUGACAAUCUGUAGGUUGUUGGCACGAUUCCCCUUUCCAUUUGAGAAAUUUCUGGUGGGUUACAAUGUGCUGGCGGUUAUGAUGUACAUGACGGCAGUGGUUAUAUGGCCACUCUACAACUUCCGAAACGUUCCAGAAUUACCAGGAUUCAUAUUCUGGGACAACAAGGUUGUUGUGUCGGCAAUGACCUGCGUCAAUCUGAUUGUAUAUAUUGUGGAUACAGUUUACUCAGUACGGUUGAGCUUCUUUGUUUCGCCUGCCUAGAAAAAGAGCAAACCAUUUUAACCAAUCUAUUGCAUCAGGCAAGGGAAGGUAAAGAUUU